AUGGCAGCAGCAGAGGUCCUCCCAAAAUCUACAUGGAGGAAGAAGCGUUCCCAAAAGGGCAAGUCUAGAUUCAAAAUUCUUGACACACGGAAGGUCAGCACGCCAAAGCCGCCGCUAACUGCUAGGAAAGCGUCGGUGCGCAAGGCGAGGAAAAAGAAGACAGAAGCCGGCCGUGAUGGCGCUGUCGAAAACACCGUGCGCCGUAGGCUCGACCUGGAGGAGGAAGCCGGCGAUGGCGGCGUCGGCGGAAACCCCCUGCUGGUGCGCCGCAGGCUCGACCUGGACGACGCCAAGAUCGGCAGCGGCGCACCGCUCUGUUCCUUCAGCAGGGCCAUGCUCAUGGACAACCUGAGAUCCCUCGUCAAGCUCGCCUUGGGCGACGACGUCAAGAAGCCACCCCGCACGUUAGCAUCGCCGAAGAUCGAUCUGCGUUCCUACAGCCGAGCACAGCUGAUGGAGAACCUGAGGUCCCUCGCCAAGCAAAACACCCUGCUGCUACCCCUCCCCGACGUCGACAGCUCCACCACCUCCACGGCAGAUGGGCAGGGCACCACCAAGGGCAAGAAGAAGAAGGCGAUGCUGACAAGACGGGUGCCCAAACUUGUCCUGAAGCCUUACAAGAGCAAGCAGCGGGCCGCUGCCGCUACUGAUGAAGAUGAAGACGCCAUCGUUGCCGAUGACGAUGACCCCAUCGCCAUGGCGCUCUCCAUUCGCAACGAGUCCACUGGAACGGAGCUGAUGUACGUGCCGCACUGGGGGUUCGAGUCUGUGGUGCUCCCCAACGCGAAGACGCUGCGGCAGCUGGUGCGCAUCACCCCCGCGAUAGAGGCAGCGUACAAUGAGCUGGUGCGAUCGGACGAGACGUGCUUGGGUGACGACCUGGACGGCGUCCCGGAGGGCCCUGAGCUGGAAGAGGAGCGCCAACGUUUGCAGGUCUUGGUGGAUAAGUUCAUGGGGCCUGCACGCGCAAUCAUCGGUAAAAGGGAGUUUUCGAAUUGGAAAGGAUCCGUACUUACUUCCGUAGUCGGCACGUUUCUAACACAAAAUGUCACUGACGUUACAUCAAGCAAUGUUUUCAUGAACAUUGCUGCGAAGUUCUCCUUUGCGAAGAAUGGAAGCAAUGCCGGCCAAAGUACAAAUGUACCUUUGAUAACAGAUUGUGAUUCAGGAGUGUCUGAACGACGUGAUAAUAAGCACAUAAACCAGCUCAUUGCAUCGUUCAGAACGGGAGAAAUAUCAAAUUGGGACAAGGACAAAGAGCAUAUAAAGGAGGUGUUGGAGAAAAGGUUUGAAGAUUCGACGGUUGAGAAAAUUUUACAGGAUAUUAAAUCUUUCCUAGAGAACGAUACUUCUUGUUGGAAAUACCUGCUUGAGGAAGCCUACAAAAAUGGGUAUCGGAAGGAGGAAACAGAUGAAACAAUUGAUUGGGAGACUCUACUGCACGCAUCGUUUGGUGAAAUUGAAGAAUGCAUCAAGGACCGUGGAACUCACUCCCUUAUGGCAUUCAGAAUACUGUUUUUACUCAUACGGAUCAAGAGAGAUCAAGGAAGCAUUGACCUCGAGUGGCUUAGAUACAUCCCCCGUGCAAAGGCAAAGAAGUACCUACAGAGUAUAAUAGGGAUUGGAUAUAAAAGUGUUGACUGCAUCCGUCUCCUAUCACUGAGGCAUAGAGGAUUUCCGGUUGAUGUAAAUGUAGCUCGCAUAGUGACAAGGUUAGGAUGGGUCCCACUUCAACCUUUAGGUGAUUCUAUAGAGUUCCAUAUGGUGGACAAAGAACCUGUCAUGGCUAAAAUUCAGGAGUAUCUUGAGCCCUUAUUCUGCAAUAUUCCUUCACACAUACGGUAUGAAUUGCAUUGCCAACAAAUAACAUUUGGAAAGUUAAUAUGCGCCAAAAAUCGACCGAAUUGUGGCGCCUGCCCAUUUACUGAAGAUUGCAAGUACUAUAAAAGUCUCUUUCAAAUAGCCAGGCACGACCUUCUGAAGUAUAGUCAGCAGGAUGGAGGAGGGCAAACAGACAUGGUUGAAAGAAUACAUGAUGCUGUAAUGGUCAAACCAAGUCGUGAACACACAUAUCAGUGCCAAAUUGAAAUGGGAAAAAGUACAGAAAGGCAUAGCACCGAGCCUAUUAUUGAGAUACCACCAACUCCACCACAUGAAUACCCAGAAUCAUCAAGUGAGGGAGAGUAUGAACAAGAGUAUCAGGAAGAGUACGAACAAGAGUAUCACAAUAUUGUUGAUAUAGAAGAUGUUGUUCCAUGUUAUGAUGUAGCGUUUGAUAUUCGGCCAAAGAAACCUACUGAACAUGCAACGACAGGGCCAUCACAAGGAACAGAUAUGAUUUUGAUCCAUCCACAUGACAACCCAAUCCCAAUUCAAAGGAGAUACAAUCUACGAACAGAGUACCUUGCGUACAUAAUCCCAGAUGGGCAUGAAAUCUUGGACACGUUUGAACCAAGGGUUCAUGGUGAUUGCAACCCGUAUCUCUUUAUAAUUCGUGAUUACGAUGACCAUAGUGUGAAUGCUACAAUUAUGAUACCUUGCCGGACAGCAAACAGAGAAAUAUUCCCAUUGGAUGGUACAUACUUUCAAAUAAAUGAGGUUUUUGCAGAUCAUUCAUCUACCCGUUCACCUAUACAAAUAAAAAGAGAUAUUUUCUGGAACUUCAGAAGGUGUAGGGUGUACUUUGGCACAUCAUUAACUACCAUCGCCAGAGGUCAAACGCAAGAAGGAAUUCAACGUUUAUAUCAUUCAGGGUACAUAUGUUGUAGAGAAUUUGACCGCAGUUCUAGGCGUGCAACAAUAUUAUCUCCUGUACUUCAUACCAAUACCACUAAUAGAGUACAGCAAAAAACCGGCAAGAAAAGGCACAUGCCUGAUUCAAGCCCGAAUUCAGUGGAAGGUAAUGACAAAGAUAGAGCCCAAUGCAGUUAG